AUGUCGACGCCAGCUCAGUUUGAGAGGCAGCAAAGGCUGGUCAAGGCCAUCGACAAGAUGGUCAACAAGCCGGCUCCUCCCGAGAUCGACUUCACCGUUCACACCACCGACGACGGAACCCAGGUCAGCACCCAAGAGCGCGUCAUCAAGGACGUGCAGGCACCCGCCUUCCAAAAGCCCACCGACGAGCAGUUCUACAGCGCAAAGGACCCUUCCAAGCCCGACAUUGCUUUCCUCAAGAACCACUUCUACCGCGAGGGUCGUCUCACCGACGACCAGGCCCGCUUCAUUCUCACAAGAGCCACCGAGAUCCUGCGCCAGGAACCCAACUUGCUCGAAGUCGAUGCUCCUAUUACAGUAUGCGGUGACAUUCACGGCCAGUACUACGACCUCAUGAAGCUCUUCGAGGUCGGUGGCAAUCCUGCCGACACCCGAUACCUCUUCUUGGGCGACUAUGUCGACCGUGGCUACUUCUCGAUCGAGUGCGUUCUCUACCUGUGGGCGUUGAAGAUCUGGUACCCAGACACCCUCUUCCUUCUGCGCGGCAACCACGAAUGCCGUCACUUGACUGACUACUUCACCUUCAAGCUCGAGUGCAAGCAUAAGUACUCGGAGGAGAUCUACGACCUUUGCAUGGAGUCUUUCUGCACCCUUCCCCUCGCUGCUGUCAUGAACAAGCAGUUCCUCUGCAUCCACGGUGGCCUCUCUCCGGAGCUCCAGACCCUCGACGACCUUCGCAGCAUCGACCGCUUCCGCGAGCCGCCUACACACGGUCUCAUGUGCGACAUCCUCUGGGCCGACCCGCUGGAAGACUUUGGCUCGGAAAAGACCAACGAGAGCUUCAUUCACAACCACGUCCGUGGCUGCUCCUACUUCUUCACCUACACCGCCGCCUGCCAAUUCCUCGAACGCAACCAGCUUUUGUCUAUCAUCCGAGCGCACGAAGCGCAAGAUGCAGGAUACCGCAUGUACCGCAAGACCAAGACGACCGGCUUCCCUUCCGUCAUGACCAUCUUCUCGGCACCCAACUACCUCGACGUCUACAACAACAAGGCAGCUGUUCUCAAGUACGAGAACAAUGUCAUGAACAUCCGACAGUUCAACUGUACACCGCAUCCCUACUGGCUUCCCAACUUCAUGGACGUCUUCACUUGGAGUCUGCCGUUCGUGGGCGAAAAGAUCACCGACAUGCUCAUUGCCAUUCUCAAUGUCUGCAGCAAAGAGGAGCUCGAGGAGGAGGAGGAAGAGGACGAGAUCCCCCUCUCGCCUACCGAAGGCGGCGAGGAGGAGACGGCCGAGCGCAGGACCCUCAUCAAGAACAAGAUCCUCGCCGUCGGCCGCAUGUCUCGCGUUUUUGCGCUGCUACGAGAAGAGGCGGAACGAGUGUCGGAGCUUAAGUCGUCGCAGACGGCCAAGUUGCCAUACGGCACGCUCGUGCUCGGGUCAGAGGGCAUCAAGGACUCGAUUGUCAACUUCGACGAUGCGCGCAAGGUGGAUAUCGAGAACGAGCGUCUACCUCCUGACCUCAUCGAUGCCGACGAGGCAGGGCCGGCGUCGCCUGCGGACGGCCGCGUCUCGUCGCCUGCCUUCGAGGAGAUGACUACGCCUGGCAGCCCGGCAUCGCCGGCAACACCAAGCUCGCCCAUCUCGGGCGGCCACCGUCGCGGCCACUCGAGGACAAGCAGUCUCGGAACGACCAUGUCGAGUCCUUCCAACCGUCGCCGCUCGCUAGAGUCGACCGUCAGCAUGAUCCGAGAGGCACUCGAAGGGACCGACGCAGCGGACGACAAGCAUCUGGAGAAGCUGGCCAAUGACAUCGCCUCGCCAGUCUCGCCAAAGGCUACCGACUCGCCAGCGCAAUCUCGUUUCGCUAAGAAGUGA